AUGAAAGCUAACGUUAGAGACAUUAUUAUUCUCAACAUUUUGGUAGCUACAUUUCUAUUUAUGGGAGCUGGGAUUUUUCACGUCCUCGAAAGUCCAAACCAGUAUGGCCAAGAUCACCAAUUUCACGAACAAAUCAAUCAAGCUACUUUACACAGUUUACACAAAAACCUGAGCAUAAGCAUACCGAAAAAUGAAUUCGAUAACUUGGUGAAAAACGUUUACAAAUUGAAGAUAAAUCGUCCAUCAAGAUUAUCAAGUAGUUAUAACUGGUCGUAUUCCGGUUCGCUCUACUUUUCAGCAAGCGUUAUAACCACUAUCGGUAUGUAUUUUUUUAUAACUUUUCGCAUUAUGUAAAAGUCAAAUUAGAAGUGGUCGUAGGUUUUUACACAUAUUCCUUAUUCUUAGCUAGAAGAACAGGAGCACGAUAUCCUUCCGUUUUUGAACUUGCCUUGACAACUAUAUAUAAUAUGCAAAAAUAUCCGUUUGGACGGAAGCCACCCAAGCCGUACAAAUACCAUUCUCGUCCCCAGCGCCACUCGGCUUAAUUUGUAACCGACCCCUCGUUUUCCGACCACGUGACCAAGAAACGACGGGCUUUGGGAACGAGAAUGCCCUAAUACAGCAUCGUCCCAAUCCUGGUGGAUCGCAAAAGAAGAAUUCUCGUGGGCUUAUUAUCCUAGCCUUUGAGUGAACUGAGGCUGAGGUUGACCUUGUUUUAAUAGAAACCUACUUCUAUUACUUAUAAGAGUAAUGCUUUAAAAUACUAUUUAGCAUAAGAAUAACAUGAGUUACAUAAGGAAGCUGGAAGGGUUGUGUUCAAGGUCAACUCCAGCCUCGUUUCCACCUGUAACUGUAAAAUGGGCUAUCGGUGACGUCAGAUCCGAGCUCGCUAAGGAGGACUAGGAACGAUACUUGCCGUUUGUGCGCGUUUAUGGCAAACUUGGAUUAAGAAGAAUUUCCGUCAAAUAAUGAAACACUCAGAGAGAAAAAGUUCUGAGCACCCUCUAGCUGGCUAAAUUGAAUCAACACCCCUCCAGUAUAACGGUUGAAGUCUCUUGCCACUGAGCUACGCGAUACUGAUUAAUUUUGUUUUAUUCCAGGUUAUGGACAUAUGGCACCCUCCACCUUCGCUGGUCGAAUGUUUUGUAUAUUCUACGCUUUAGUUGGGAUACCUUUGUGCAUGUUGACACUGAAGGUAAUGGGCGAUAAAAUAAACGAACUACUGGGAAGCUUCUUCAUUAUGAUCAGUACCAAACGCCAGCUAAGAGAAGGCAAGAGGACUAAAAUCAAGGUCAUAUCAACUUUGGCAGGAAUAGCCUUAGUCUUUCUCUUUCUCGGCGGAUCGCUUUAUUUAUCAGAGGACUGGAGCUACUUCGAUGGAGUGUACUAUUGCUUUAUAGGUAAAAUUAUAAUGGGCGACCGCACGUCAAUAGAGGUCUCGGAAUUUCAUUCAUUAUUUAUUUGGAGAAGUGUAGAUUACAUCCCAUCGAGAUCAAACCUCUAAGGCGAUAUUUGUUCUUGCUGAGAUUUCAUUUGCAAUUAAUUAUAAGAGGAAACUUGGGAAAGGUUGUAUAAUACAUAUAUAAUUACUUUAUCCAAAUAUCUUUUCUUUUUUCAAGAAAUUAGUAGAAAGUAGAAGCCUUAGCUUUUCAUUACUUUCAAUUGCUCAACUUUUACCAAUUUUACUCGUUUGACCGCGUCAUUAACCUUCCUAAACCUGUUUGUGUUCAUACUCGUCGUCACCAGGUCUUCUCCGUUUUCUAAUUGAAGAAAAAGUCCUGUAAAUGAAGUUGAUCGGUGGCAACAUUAUAUAAGGAUAACACACAGGCAAUCUUACUCACUUAGCCCUAAAAUGAACUCAUUAUACCGUGUUUGUUUCAGCAUUGAGUACCAUUGGGUUUGGGGAUAUGGUCCCCACAAAAGGCAACGCACCCUCAUCAGCGAUUCAAACACUGGAAUAUAUCAUCCGGGGUUUAUACCUUGUAAUCGGCCUCGUCCUUGUGUCGAGUCUUGUUUCUUCAGUGGUAUCUGCAGUGAACGUGUUGGAUGGAUGGGAUUGUUGUAGGCGGACAAGAUGUGAGUAU